CCUCCCGCAAUGCGGAUGUUCCACUUCCCGAAGGUGGACGCUAUCGCGGACAGUGGAGAGGAGUUCCGUCGCGUUCUUUGGACUGGCGAGAACUCCCAGUUUGUGAUUAUGACGAUCCCGGUUAAUGGUGAAAUCGGCGAGGAAAUCCAUGACGUUGAUCAGCACCUUUGCCUGACCAGUGGAGUUUGCAAGGCUGUUGUUGAAGGCGAGGUCCAGACGAUCAGGGCUGGAGAUCUCGUCAUCGUCCCGGCCGGCGCCAAGCACAACUUCAUCAAUAUUGGCGACAAGCCCUUCCAACUUUACACGUUCUACGCACCUGCUGAGCACAACUGGAAGACGGUGCACAAGACGCGCGAAGAGGGCGAACACGACGAGGCUGUUGGUCUCGACGAGCCUCCCGCAUGGGCCCUCAAG